AUGCCGCUCGCCCUGGAAAUUGCGCUCAAGUUACUCGUAAAACUACCAAGACCUCUACGCGAAGCCAUCAUGCUGGACAUGCGCAUCCCGCCAAUCUCGAACAACCCAUCAAAAGUUCAACUCUCCAGAAUAGGACAUGUGUAUUUCGAACAUCCCGACCUCGAGAAGUUCAGCGAAUUCGCAAAGGACUUCGGCUUUGUGGAGGCUCACAGGGUGAAAGACAGGAUCUAUUACCGCGGAUACGGGAAGGACCCGUUCAUCUAUGUCGCUUCGCAGAGCCCAGAUGGCAAGCCGAGGUUUCGCGGUCCAGCGUUUGUGGCAGCGUCGCAAGCUGAGUUUGACAAAGCCGCGAAGAUAGACGGCGCUAUUGUUGGAUCCUUAGAUGAGGCUCCAGGCAAAGGGCAAAUCGUCACAUUCAACCGACCCGAUAAAACCUUCUUCCAUGUUAUCUAUGGUCAGGAAGAGCGAGUAACAAGUGCAGAGGCACCGUCAGCAAUCCAUGAGCAGCUAGGUCCAUUUAAUAAACCGUUUGACAAGCCAAGGCGAGGCAAGUUCCAGCGGUACCACGAGGGACCAGCACUUGUCCAUAAGUUAGGCCAUUUUGGCUACGUGGUCCCUGACUUUGACGCCGAGUUGGCGUGGUAUACCAACAACUUUAACUUCGUGCCAUCCGACAUUCUCUAUCACUGGGACUUUUCGAACAUGGACGUGCUAACAUUUAUGCAUCUCGACCUGGGCAAGGAAUAUUCCGACCACCAUUGUUUCUUUAUGCAGCGAGCCGAACCACAUGUCAAGAAGAUUUUCCUUCAUCAUACAUCCUAUGAGGUUGAAGACUUUGACACGCAGCUUAUUGGGCAUAACUGGCUUGCAAAGAAAGGCUGGAAAAGCAUUUGGGGGGUAGGGCGUCACAUACUUGGCAGCCAGAUCUUUGACUACUGGGCGGACCCCAGCGGCUUUAAGAUAGAGCAUUAUGCUGAUGGAGAUGUUGUGAACCAGGAUACUGUGACUGAGAGGGAUGUUGUUGGGCCGUUUUCCGUAUGGGGUCCUGAGGUACCUAAGGAUUUUGCGGACAAAGGAGAUGUUGCUUGA